AUGUGGGUCAUUGAAAAUGACCCGGGCGGGCUAAUGUUAAAGAAAAAAAAAAAAGUCAAGCUCCCAGGACGAGGGGCGGGCACCAGUCAAGCAUCAAGGACGAGGGGCACCAGUCAAUCUACCAGGACGAGGGGCACCAGACAAGCUCUCAUGACGAGGGGCGGGCACCAGUCAAGCAUCAAGGACGAGGGGCACCAGUCAAUCUACCAGGACGAGGGGCACCAGACAAGCUCUCAGGACGAGGGCACCAGACAAGCUCAGGACGAGGGGCGGGCACCAGUCAAUCAUCAAGGACGAGGGCACCAGUCAAUCGACCAGGACGAAGGGCACCACACAAGCUCUCAGGACGAGGCGGGCACCAGUCAAGCAUCAGGACGAGGGGCACCAAGCUCCCAGGACGAGGGGCACCAGUCAAUCUACCAGGACGAGGGCACCAGACAAGCUCUCAGGACGAGGGCGGGCACCAGUCAAGCAUCAAGGACGAGGGCACAGACAAGCUCAGGACGGGGUGCCAGUCAAUCUACCAGGACGAGGGCGCAAACAAGCUCUCAGGACGAGGGCGGGCACCAGUCAAGCAUCAGGACGAGGGGGCACCAGUCAAUCUACCAGGACGAGGGGCACCAGACAAGCUCUCAGGACGAGGGGCACCAGACAAGCUCUCAGGACGAGGGGCGGGCACCAGUCAAGCAUCAAGGACGAGGGGCACCAUCAAUCUACCAGGACGAGGGCACCAGACAAGCUCUCAGGACGAGGGGCACCAGACAAGCUCAGGACGAGGGGCGGGCCAGUCAAGCAUCAGGACGAGGGCACCAGUCAAUCUACGGGCAAGGGGCACCAGACAAGCUCUCAGGACGAGGGGCACCAGACAGCUCUCAGGACGGGGGCACCAGACAAGCUCUCAGGACGAGGGGGCACCAGUCAAUCUACCAGGACGAGGGGCACCAGACAAGCUCUCAGGACGAGGGCGGGCACCAGUCAGCAUCAGGACGAGGGCACCAGUCAAUCUACCAGGACGAGGGGCACCAGUCAAUCUACCAGGACGAGGGCACCAGACAAGCUCAGGACGAGGCGGGCACCAGUCAAGCAUCAGGACGAGGGGCACCAGUCAAUCUACCAGGACGAGGGGCACCAGACAAGCUCUCAGGACGAGGGGCACCAGACUCAGGACGAGGGCCACCAGUCAAGCAUCAGGACGAGGGGCACAGUCAAUCUACCAGGACGAGGGCACCAGACAGCUCUCAGGACGAGGGCACAGACAGCUCAGGACGAGGGCACCAGACAGCUCUCAGGACGAGGGCACCAGACAAGCUCUCAGGACGAGGGCACCAGUCAAUCUACCAGGACGAGGGGCACCAGACAGCUCUCAGGACGAGGGCACCAGUCAAUCUACCAGGACGAGGGGCACCAGACAAGCUCUCAGGACGAGGGCACCAGACAAGCUCUCAGGACGAGGGGCACCAGACAAGCUCUCAGGACGAGGGCGCAGACAAGCUCUCAGGACGAGGGGCACCAGUCAAUCUACCAGGACGAGGGGCACCAGACAAGCUCUCAGGAUUAGGGGCACCAGUCAAUCUACCAGGACGAGGGGCACCAGACAAGCUCUCAGGACGAGGGGCACCAGACAAGCUCUCAGGACGAGGGGCGGGCACCAGUCAAGCAUCAAGGACGAGGGGCACCAGUCAAUCUACCAGGACGAGGGGCACCAGACAAGCUCUCAGGACGAGGGGCACCAGUCAAUCUACAGGGGGCCAGCAAUCUGCCAGUCAAUCUACCAGGACAAGGGACGGGCACCAUUCAUCUCCCAGGACGAGGGCCACCAGACGACUAUGA